UUUAGAUAGUUUCACAAUAUGAUAAUCGACUCAUUGUCAGAUAUAUAAGUAGAGACGGGCAACAGUCCAUCAGCACAUCAGUUACCAACGUUGGUGAAACCCUCGACUGUCGGCUACAGAGCAGCUUUUCAACGCCUACAAGGAAGCAAGAUGAAGUUGGCUGUGGUGUUCCUGGUGCUGUCCAUGGUUGUGCUUAUGGCUGAACCUGGAGAAGGAUUUCUCGGAGACUUAGCGAUAAAUACUUUGGGAAAAUGUGCCAAGGGUAUCCUUGGAAAGAAGCAGGCAGUGGAACAAGCCGAGCAGCAACUGGACCAGCAGCAACUGGACCAGCAGGAACUGGACCAGCAGCAACUGGACCAGCAGCAACUGGACCAGCAGGAACUGGACCAGCAGCAACUGGACCAGCAGCAACUGGACCAGCUGCAAAUGCAAAAACGUUCAUUUCUGAAACACAAGGCUUUGCAGCGUCAUUAGGCAACGACCGGAGUAUAACUUUGAUCCUCAUCUAUUGCUGUUUUAUCUUCAAGCAAAUUAAAUAAUAAUAAUAAAAACCUUCAAAGUUCUGCCUGUGUUCUUUAACCUAAAGUUAAACUUCAGGUUUAGCUUUGGGUUGUCCCAAACAUUGUUUUACUGUUACUAGCUUGCUUUUCUCCGUUUCCUGUAAACAUCUUUGAACUGUAAAACAUCUAUUAAAAAAACAUCAUCUUGCCUCUCA